UUACUUAUUUGAAAGAGCCAGAGAGAGAGAGAGGUCUUCCAUCCGAUGGUUCACUCCCCAAUUGGCUGCAACGGCCGGAGCUGCACCCAUCUGAAGCCAGGAACCAGAAGCCUCCUCUGGGUCUCCCACCCGAGUGCAGGGGUCCAAGGACUUGGGCCAUCUUCUGCUUUCCCAGGCCAUAGCAGAGAGCUGGAUGGGAAGAGGAGCAGCCAGGACUCGAACCAGCACCCAUAUAGGAUGCCAGCACUGCAGGCUGUAGCUUUAACCUGCUGCGCCACAGUGUCAGCCCUGGAUGGAAGAUCUUUGUCUCUCUGCCUUCAAAUAAAAUGAAAAUAAACUUUUUUUUUUUUUUUUUUGACAGGCAGAGUGGACAGUGAGAGAGAGAGACAGAGAGAAAGGUCUUCCUUUGCCGUUGGUUCACCCUCCAAUGGCCGCCGCGGUCGGUGCGCUGCGGCCGGCACACCACGCUGAUCCGAUGGCAGGAGCCAGGAGCCAGGUGCUUUUCCUGGUCUCCCAUGGGGUGCAGGGCCCAAGCACCUGGGCCAUCCUCCACUGCACUCCCUGGCCACAGCAGAGAGCUGGCCUGGAAGAGGGGCAACCGGGACAGAAUCCGGCGCCCCAACCGGGACUAGAACCCGGUGUGCCGGCGCCGCUAGGCAGAGGAUUAGCCUAGUGAGCUGCGGUGCCGGCCUAAACUUUUUUUUUUUUAAAGUGUCUUAUUUGUAAAACUUAUUGAGUUAAUUAGCACAAAUUUAGCUAAAGAGCAAAGGCUUAUAUAUGCCAUCACCACUGGUCCCAGAGUAACUUUGAUACUACAAGGGCUUAAAGCCAGAUUUCAGAACUUUUGUUUCCCAAGCACCACUUUAAUGACAUCCAUGUGAGAGUGUCAGCCAUUAGAGAAGCCGCUGGGUUGGCAACCUGAGUGGUAGCUGGCAAUCAGCCAUCUGCUUAUUGCCUGAAUACCAGAGGUUCAGACACUGCAUAUAAAAUCCCUUUUGCUAACCUGAGAUCCAAAAGUAGAGACAACUAACCCACUGUGAGCAUUUUGCAUCUUAUUCCCAGAAUAAACUUGUGAGGUGGCAUCAUUUUGUAAAUGAGAAAUAGGCUCAGAUGAUGACCAAGUCUCAGUAACCUCCCCAUGUCCACACAGCACAGCUGGGAGGUAUGUAGAAUAGGCACUGAGACCCAUGACCAGGUGCCAAAGCACCACAGUACUGUCUCCAAGCAGAAAUACAUGGUACAGUAACAAGCUCACGGAAAAUGGAAUUAAUAGUUAAUUUUGGUGCCAAAAAAUCUGAAAUCUAUGCAUUUGAGGGGUCUUUAAAUGUUUUGUGGGGAAAACUGGUUUUAAAAUUUUCUUGCACCAAAAUGAACUUAAAUUCAUUUAUUUGAGAGCCAGAGACAGUAAAAAGCGCACCCAUCAGAUAGUUUACCCUCCAAAUACCUGCAACGGCUAGGAUGGGCCAGGGCCAAACCCAGGAGCCAGUGACAAUCCAGCUUCCCCAUGUGGGUGACAGGAAUCCAGUUACUUGAGUCAUCACCCCUGUCUCCCAGAGUCUGCAUCACCAGGAAGCUGGAAAUCAAGAACCAGAGCUGAAGUUGGGAAUCACCCAGUAUUCCAGUGUGGGAUGCAGGCUACAUGCCUGCCCUGAGCUUGUCUUCUCUUUUUUUUUUUUUUCCAGAAAAGGUUUGAAGUACUCUUAUAUCUUAAGAUAGUUGGAAUCUGAGUAGGGGAAAGAGCCUCUCAAGCAUGACUAUGUGGUACUCUAGAGUCAGAUGAUGCGGGAUCCUUUCCCCGUCCUCCUCACUCCCUGUGAGCAGGUCGAAAUCCUCUGAGCUCCAAUCUUUAUGUGCAAACUGACUAACCUGCCAUUUCUUUCCCUUGCUUCAGGUCUAUUGGAAGGAUCCAGUGAAAUAAUUUAAUCAAGAAUCAAGUGGUUUGGACUCGUGCCAUGUUCCAAGCUCUCCACUGGGUCCAGGGUGUACCCAGCAGACAGAAGAGGAGACCGCCUGUGCCCUCAAGGCUGUCAUGGUUAGGGGCUGAGAGGACAUGAGGAACACAGGUAAGUUAAAAUGCAGAGGGGACUGGGCAAAGGUUUCUUAAGGCAUUGACUGUAAAUAAAUAGACUGAUAAGUAAAUCUUGAUGAAAAUGAAUCACGUUGCCCAAUACAUGGUUAAGAGAGGGAAAAGUCAACAUUGAUACUGCAUGUGUGUAAGUUCUCCGUAUCAAGGGGCCGACACUGGCAUAGCAGGUAAACUGCCGCCUGCAGUGCCGGCAUCUCAUAUGGGCACUGGUUGGAGACCCAGCUGCUCCACUUCCGAUCCAGCUCUCUGCUAUGGCCUGGGAAAGCAGUAGAAGAUGGCCCAAGUCCUUGGGCCCCUGCACCCACAUGGGAGACCUGAAUGGAGUUCUGGAAGAAGCUCCUGGCUUCGGAUCGGCACAGCUCUGGCUUUUGAGGCAACUGGGGAGUGAACCAGCGGAUGGAAGACUGCUCUCUGCCUCUGCCUCUCUGUAACUCUGCCUUUCAAAUAAAAUAAAUAAAUCUUUUUUUAAAAAAAAUCCAAGAGGAGCAACUAAGAAGGGUUAUUUGGGCUUACAGUGGCCUCAGUAGGCUGGCGUCUGGCAGAGACUGGUGAUGGUGGACACGUGCAGAGGGACCGGCACUUGGGCCAGCAAGCAGGCUGGACUCAGCUUCGAUAAGCAGCCCUCUCAUGAGAACUACCUUUCAAAGGCCAAGCCCCCAGUGACCUACAGACCCCCCACUGAGUGGACCACCACAGUUAAAUCAAGUCUCCACCCCUAAUCCGUCAGCCUUUAUCCUUAGUCCAUUAACUGCCAACAUGAGACUUCAGGGUUCAACUGUCUGCAUGAGGCUGGUGAGCCAACUCUUGUUCAAGCCACAGCAGUGUCACUCCUGGAGUUACAGUGAACUCCUAUAAGCCAGUAAGAAAAAGACAACUAAUAAAAAAAAAAAAAAAAGGGCAACAGAUGUGAAUAGGAGCUUCUCCAAAGAGCAUCUCCAAAUGGUCAAUAAGUAUACAAAAAGGUGCUUACUCAUCAAGAAAAUGCAAGUUAAAACCACAUAGAGUAAACCACCAAACCCCCGCCACAGUGCCUAAAAUUAAGAGUGCUUGGGAGGAAGGAUGUGGAAAAACCAGAAGUUUCAUAUACUGCUGAUGGGAGUGUGAAUUGGCAGAAUCCCUUCAGGAAACUGUGUGGCAAUUUUUACCAAAAUUAUUCAUCUACCCUAUGACCCAGCAAUCCUACCCUACGUAUAAUUCCUAGAAAAUUAGUGCAUAGUUCCUUCAGAAUAUGUAGGUAAGAGUAUUCACAGAAGCAUUGUUUAUAAUGAACAAAAAUUGAAAAUAUUCUAAAUAUCCAUCAAGAGUAAAUUGUAAUAGAGUCAUACAAUGGAAUAAUAUUCAAUAGAAAAAAAAAAUAACCCGGCAGGCACCUCGGCUCAAUAGGCUAAUCCUCCGCCUGCAGUGCUGGCACCCUGGGUUGUAGUCCUGGUCGGGGCGCCGGAUUCUGUCCCGGUUGCUCCUCUUCCAGUCCAGCUCUCUGCUGUGGCCUGAGAGGGCAGCAGAGGAUGGCCCAGGUGCUUGGGCCCUGCACCCCAUGGGAGACCAGGAGAAGCAGCUGGCUCCUGGCUUCGGAUUGGCGCGGUGUGCUGGCUGAAGCACGCCGGCCGCAGCGGCCAUUAGAGGGUGAACCAACGGUAAAAGAAAGACCUUUCUCUCUGUCUCUCUCUCUCUCACUGUCCACUCUGCCUGUCAAAAAAAGAAAAAGAAAAAAAACCCCAAGAUAUAGGAUGGAUGAAUCUCACAAAUAGAGUAUUUUUUAAAAGAUUUAUUUUAUUUGGGCCAGUGCUGUGGCGCAGCGAGUUAACGCCCUGGCCUGAAGCGCCUACAUCCUGUAUGGGUGCUGGUUGGAGACCCGGCUGCUCCACUUCCAAUCCAGCUCUCAGCUAUGGCCUGGGAAAGCAGUGGAAGAUGGCCCAACUCCUUGGGCCCCUGCACCCGCGUGGGAGACCCAAAGGAGGCUCCUGGCUUCGGAUCGGCGCAGCUCUGGCUGUUGCAGCCAACUGGGGAGUGAACCAGCGGAUGGAAGACCUCUCUGUCUCUGUCUCUGUCUCUGUCUCUGUCUCUCUCUCUCUCUCUUCUUCUCCUCUCCUCUCCUCUUCCCUCCUCUGUGUAACUGACUUCAGAUUGGCUCAGCUCUUGCCUUUGCAGCCUUUUGGGGAGUGAACCAGCAGAUGGAAGAUUCUCUCUCUCUCUCUCGGUAACUCCUUCAAAUACAUAAAAUAAAUCUUAAAGAAAAAAAAGAAAAGCCCCGAUAGAAAUCAACACUGCAGAUAGUGGAUAAUGACAGAAGAGACACAGUGGAGACUUCUGGGGAUUUGGGGAUGUUUUGUGUCAAUCUGUGUGGUGUCCAACUGGGUGUGCAUGGAAGAAGUCAUCAGAUUUUAUAAUUAAUUGUAUGCAGUUUACUGCAUGUCAUAUACAUGUUUACAAAAUCUUGCCCCAUGAGAGCACAGAGGAAGAAGGGCCGCACUCUGAAUGAGGAAAUCAGGGAAGAAUUUCCUGGCGAUGUUGGAGCUGAUCUGAAGAGGAGCUUAUCCAGAGAAGUGCUGGGUCUCCCCGGCACGGACCACCAGGGAGCCGGCAGAACUUUGGCUUGACUGGGGCGCGAGACGACAUUGGCCUGGGCUGUGACUGAAUAAGCCAGACGGUUGCACACCCAGCCAGAGCGUGGCAGUGCAAGGCGGGUGACAAGGACAGAGGCUGCUCUGCUGCGCGCUCUUCUCCCAAGAGGCUGCACUGCGCGGGGUGAGGCAGCCGAGGCUGGGAGCCACGUGGCUUCGAGGAAGCACCGGGUGUGCUUUCAGGGCGCUCCAGUGAUUCACUGAGGCCGCUUGGCUCCCGUUUCCUUCCUCCGAGUCACAUGAAGAUGAGCCCAGGGUGGGUCAUCAGCAGGGAGCUGUCCAGGAGAGGAAGCUCCUUCCAUGGAGGCCCGUGGGCAGUGGUGUGGGAGCGCCCACUCACGCACGCACACGCGCACGGGCCUGGGUGACCUCUGCCUAUAUACCGAGCCUCCCUCCCCGGCUUCCGGAACAAACACCGUGAGCAGCCGGCCCUCAGAGGGCCUCGCCAGGCGCCGGUUCUCGCAUGCGGACGUUGGCUACUACUGGAGACAGGAUGGCUUGCACACGGACCUGCUCCCGCAUCCUGGGACUGAGUCUCGGGUCUGCAGCCCUGUGUGCCGCUGGGGCCAACCUGGCUCUCCUCUUUCCGAACUGGGAUGUGACCUACCUGCGGAGGGGCCUCAUUGGCAGGCAUGCCAUGCUGGGCUCUGGGCUCUGGGGAGGAGGCCUCAUGGUCUUCGCGGCAGCUACCCUUAUCUCCUCGAUGGGCUGGAGGGCCGGCUGCUUCAGUAAGAGUGGGCCCUGUCGAAACAUGCUUGCUGCCCUGCUAUCGAGCGGCCUGGCUUUGCUUGGAGCCUUGGUUUGCUUUCUCACUUCUGGAGUAGCCCUGAAGGACGGCCCAUUUUGCAUGUUCGAUGUCUCGUCCCUCAAUCAGACACAAGCUUGGACAUAUGGUUACCCUUUCAAAGACCUGCCUAACCGGAACUACCUGUACGACCGCUCGCUGUGGAGCUCUGUGUGCCUGGAGCCCUCUGAAGCUGUGGUUUGGCACGUGUCCUUCUUCUCCACCCUGCUGUGCAUCAGCCUCCUGCAGCUUCUCCUGGGGGUCAUUCACUUCAUCAACAGCCUCCUGGGCCUCUUGUGCAGCCUCUGUGAGAAGCAAUAGGUAAAGCCCCUUCACCCGCAUGGGUGCCUCAUGAGCGGCCUUGACCUCUCGCAGCAAGGCGUGGACAUGAACUGUGAACAAACUUCCCCUUCAGGGAUUCCUGUAAUCACAACAGUGGAGUGGAGUGAUUGCAAAACUCUCAGAUGAUACACUAAUGGGAGGCGGAAUCCACCGUUAUGGUUGUGUAGGAACUUACAGUGCCGAAAGGGUCCUGAGUGUGAUGUCAUUUCGGCCACUUGACAACCCCAAGAAAAUUGGCCACAUGUUACAGAUGGAGAAGCUGCGGCUCCCAGAAGGCAACAGACUUGCUACGCAAAAGCACACAGCCGGGUUAGGGUCAAGUCAAGUUCAUCAGUUGUUAUGAACUGAAUUGUUUUCCCAGGAAGUCAUGGGUUAAAGCCCUAAGCCCCAGUGUGACUCCACUUGGAGACAAGGCUGCCAGGGCGGUAAUGAAGGUUCAGUGAAGUCAUAAGAGGGCAACCGUGGUCCAAUGGGACGGACAUCCAUAUAACAGGACGAAGACAUAUCCGAUCAGAUGGCCAUGAGCAGCCAUCUGCAAGCCAAGGAACGAGACCUCAGUGGAAACCCAGCCUGCAGGCAUCUUGAUCUUCCAGCCUCUAGAACUGUGAAAAAAAAUUAGUUUCUACUGUCUAGGCCACUUAGUCCCUGGCAUUGUGUUGUGGCAACCCUAGCUCAUGAAUGCACCAAUGUUGUUUUCACAAGUGUUCGGUAGAAUUCAAUACACAGAAUACACUGAGUACCUACUAUGUGCCUGGUCCUGCCAUGCAUGUCGUGGUUGCAAAGGUGGCCAGAAUGGAGAGGUACCAGACACAGCUGUCAGGGACAGAAGGAGCCGAAGAAGUCUUGAAGUCCAUGUACAGUGUCCAGUAGGCAUUGCCUGUGUAUGUCUCAUAUAUCCCUGUUGGCUGAUUUAGUUUCAGGGUCGUGGCUGGGACAGGCCUGAUCCAUAAAAGCUCCCCCUGCAGGAAGAAGGACUGCCACCUUCCCACAAUUAGUGGAGAAUUUAAGGACAAUUACUACCUAGUUUUGGAUGUGUGAGGCUUGCACAUACGGACGCAUGCACACUCACACACAGUAACCAGGUCCUCACUCUUCAUGCCGACUCAGUCCUGCUUCCAAGGCUCAGCAGGACCCCGGGUGAGGAGGGUUCAUCCUCUGCACCAAGACGAUCCACAGUGGAGAGCUGACUUUUGCCUCCAUCCUUUGAGGAAUCUCAGACUGGUGUUACUGCAAAGCCUGAUAGGGCUUCAAAGACUCUGCCUCAGAGAGGCCGGUUGUUCUCACCUGCAGAAUAUGUAUCUGUAGGGUGACUCUGCCUGCAGCUGGCUGCUGGCACUUCUAGAUUUCCAAGAGGCCGGCACUGCAGCUCACUAGGCUAAUCCUCCACCUGCGGCGCCAGCACACCAGGUUCUAGUCCCGGUCGGGGCGCCGCAUUCUGUCCCGGUUGCCCCUCUUCCAGGCCAGCUCUCUGCUGUAGCCAGGGAGUGCAGUGGAGGCUGGCCCAAGUGCUUGGGCCCUGCACCCCAUGGGAGACCAGGAAAAGCACCUGGCUCCUGCCUUUGGAUCAGUGCGGUGCGCCGGCCGGCCGCGGCGGCCAUUGGAGGGUGAACCAACGGCAAAGGAAGAUCUUUCUCUGUCUCUCUCUCUCACUGUCCACUCUGCCUGUCCAAAAUAAAAAAAUAAAAAAAAAAUAGAUCUCCAAGCACACAAGCUCAGCAAUGGAAGUUGAGCGUUGGUGGGGGUUCAGCCUGGCCUUUAAGGUGCUGUUUAUCUGUCCCACGUGAGAGUACAUAGCUUUGAUUCCCAGCUCUGAUGGCGGUUUCCUGCUGAUGCAGACCCUGGGAGGCACAGUGAUGGCUCAAGUUGUUGGGUUCCUCCAAGUCUGGGGUAGGAGGCUUGGACUGGGUUCCUGUUACAGUUCUGGCUCAGCCCUGGCCAUUAGGGACAUUUGGGGAGUGAACCAGCAGGUGGGGACUUGCCCUCUCUUUCUGCCUCUUGCUGCCUCUCAAGCAAACAAACAAAUAAAUAAAAAUGGAAGUUGGGGAUGAAACUGACAGAGCCCUCCCUAAUUUUGAAGUGCAGUUCCACAGGUAGAGGUGCAACAUCCUGACUCCUAGAGAUGCUCUUAUCUGCUCAGACAGCUCACUUACCUUCUUCACAGUUUAACAUAAGGGACUGGAAGAGGAGGGACGGGAGAAGGGCCUUGGAGAGGCAAUGGGGCAAGGAGGGGAGGGGAUUGGAGGGAAGAAGUUCUGAAUUCAUUCUAUUCUGGGCCCUGUGGCUCUCCGUCCCCUCUCUGUUUUCCUUUUCCCCCAAAACACUGUGUCUGGUUCCUGUCUUGGCUUCCACCCAGGGUGCUGGGCUCGACACUAAUCUGUUCACCAGGAUAAUGUUAUGGAAAUAUUUUGUUAAUAUGAAAAGCUGUCUUGUACCUCAUGUGUGCCUUCUUGACUAUCAUCCUGGGGUGACAGCCAUAAUUGCUUAUUCAUAAUCCUGGCCAGAGAGAGCCAGGCCCGUCUUCAGGACAGGUUGCCCUUCAGCUCUCAGCUUGGAGUGCAGGUGUUUGGAAGAUAAGGGCAUUUCUCAUGGACGUGGUGUCCACCAGUGUGGUUCAGAAGAUGAAUGAGGUACUCAAUCCAGCACACACUCAUGGACUGGACUCUUCUUCUGUGCCACAACUGGGGCAGUGGGCGAUCUUCCAACGGAAGUGAACAUUACACGAUAGGAACGCAUCCGUAUUACAUUCCUAAUUUUGAUGGUUGUAGUCUUGUUAAGUAGGAGAAUGUCCUUGUGGCAGGAAACACAAAAGCACUGGAGGUGAUAGGCUUAGCAAAAUUCAGUCAAAUGGUUUAGGGGAAAAAUGUUCCUGUGUUCCCUACAUUUCAGAUUGUUGCAAAGUUUUUUAAAAUUCAGGGGAAGCAAAUAAAAGCCUGUUCCCAGGAAAAUUGCAAGGGGAAAAAAACUAUAAGGAUCACAGUUUUUGCUACAACUUCUCAACUCUAUUUCAGGGGUAGAUAUCCUCACAAGAGUGCAUAUUGUUAUAUAUUGUAUACUGUCAAUUGCUAUUACAUUGAUAUAAUUACAUAAUUAUACAAAUUGUACAACUCAGGUACACAAUCCAGUGCUUCCCUUCAGCUCUGUAACACCCUGCUCCUAUGGUUAUACCAAGUGGCGCUGUAGUAAAAACUGGCUUAGUCCAUUGCUCCCAGCCAACUCUGUCCAUCUUUUAAGGCAAGGCCUUAGCUUUGUUCAUUUUUGUUUACCUAGCCCCAGCACAGAUAGUAAAUUAAAUGUUUGUUGAAUUGAA